AUGGAUCCGGAGGUGUUUGUACGGCAAGCCCUUGUGGCCCCCUUCUUGGCCCCUGGCUCCUACUUUCGGAUCAGCAUACCUGCUGGAGAGGCUGCUGCCGCUGCUGAGGAGGCUGCAGCAGCAGCAGCUAGAGCCGCUGAAAGGACACGAAAUGCCGCGGCUUCUGCUGCUUCCGAGGCGGUGCUUGCUGCUGGGGGAAGCGCUGCUCUCGCAGCCGCUGCAGAGGAGGGCGCUCGGUUAGCAGCCGUGGCAGCAGAGACAAGCCAAGGCGACGAGCGCCUUAGUGUAAGAAUGGAAUUCGUUUGCGGGGGGAGACGCAACAGAAGCAACAGCAGCAGUAGCAACAGUAGCAGCAACAGCAACAGUAGCAGCAACAGCAACAGUAGUAACGGCAACAGCAACAGUAGUAACAGCAACAGCAACAGCAACAGUAGCAACAGUAGCAGCAACAGCAACAGUAGCAACAGCAACAGUAGCAACAGCAGCAGUAGCAACAGUAGCAACAGUAGCAACAGCGCUUGUGGCAGCUCCCUGAGCAUCUGCCACACCAACAGGGGCACACUGAGCAGCUAUCCGGUGUACCUUGGCAUUGAUAUUUGUGGCAUUGCCGGGGAUGAAUUGAGGACUUACUUGCGAGCCCCUUCGUGUUACUGCUUUUUCAUUGAUGCGUCGGUCCUGCAACAUCCAAGGCAUCGCCGACGCAUCAAAGAAUUGGCACAGCAGCUCUGCAGCAGCAGCAGCGAGGCUGCUCCCCUCACCGGCGAGGUUUCCAGCAGCAGAAGCAGCGGAAGCAGAAGCAGCACUCCCACCACCAGUCCUUGCCUCUCUUGUGGGGCCCUUAACAAUGCUGAAGGCCAUUGUUACGAAUGCUGCCUCUGCUGCUUCAGACCGCGACUUCCAACAGCGCCAGCGGCGGGCGAAAAGGAGGAGGGGCAGCAGCUCCCGCAAACUCCGCAGCAGACAACAUGCUUUUUCUUCGCUGUAGAUGGAGGGGAAACUGCAAAAACGCCUCAGUCGGCUGUCUUCAUUAGCGAGACGCUGCUGCGUCUCUCGCAGCCCCGGAACGAGCGGCAGCAGCCGCAGCGGAAGGAAGACGGGAAUGCAGCGCGAUCUUGCUCUUGCGACAGCACUGCUAAAGCGCGUUGCAGUCUUCGUCCUGUGUUUUGUAAUGAAAGGAGAUGCUCUGGCAAAGAAGAAGACGCCGCCAUGCAGGAGGCCUCAGCCUUGUGUGUACUCCGUACCGGUGAGAAACCGGCCGAAGAAAACGCAUGCGCCUUCGCUGAAGAGGCGGCUAUCCAGGAACGUCUACAGCUGGACAGACAGACGGUGCUGGUAGCCGUCGGGGGAGGUGCUUUGACAGAUUUGGUUGGAUUCGCAGCCUCCCAGCUGCUCAGGGGCCUUCGCUGCAUCCUCGUGCCCACCACAGUUCUGGCAGCAGUUGAUGCCGCUGUUGGCGGGAAGACGGCUGUAAAUCUUGGGGGGUUGAAGAAUAUGGUGGGAUCUUUCAUCGAGCCAGCGGGGUGUGUGAUUGACAUGGCCUUUGUGACUUCGUUGCCGGAGAGGCAGAUUCGGUGCGGACUGGCGGAAGUCGUGAAAAUAGCGGCAGCUUUGAGCCCUACACUCCUGCAGCACCUGCUCACCACAAACCCCCGUUCCUUGGGAGUCUUCUUGCAGCAGCAGCCUGAUGACGACGAGCAGACGGCUAACCAGCGGGGUGAGCCGCUGCGCGAGCACUGCUUGCUGCCGCUGCUGCGAUUGGCUGCAGCCUCCGUUGCGCUGAAGGCCUUUGUGGUGUCUGCGGAUUUCAAAGACAGGGGUCUCCGCAGCCUCCUCAACCUUGGGCACAGCCUUGGCCAUGCCAUCGAAACGUCUCCGGAGAUAGACUGGAACCAUGGCGAAUGUGUGGCUGCGGGCUGCGUGCUAGAAACCUUAGUCUCUGGCCAUCUCGGCGUGGGAACUUCCCUAGUCUUCUUCUUGCUUCAGCACGCCUUCCGUCGCCUAGGCCUGCCCUUGGAUCUCCCGCCACCCCUGCGGGAAAAGGCUGCGCUGCAGGAGCAGCUGCUGCAACGCAUGCAAGGGGACAAAAAAAACACAAACGGCGAAGUCCGCAUCGUGAUGCUAGAAGCUUUGGGGUGCUGCGUUCCUUCCGUCUCCCUCCCCGUGCCCUUGCCGGUGCUGCGGCGUCUAUUUGCACCUUCUCUGAAGCUUGUCAGCUCCUGCUCCUGCUUGCAAGCUCUAGAAGCAUCCGCAGGAUUCGCAGCAACAAAUGCACAGGCCAAGAGGCGGAGAGCCUGUUGUGGCAUUCGGCCUCUGUGCGGCAGCGUAUGUGUUCCGGGUUCCAAGUCGAUUGCCAAUAGAGCGCUGCUGCUUGCUGCACUCACGGUGGCUCUACAGAGCAGCCCAAGCGAGCACCCUGUACUCCUGCAGCACCUUCCGUGCUGCGGUGACACUACCGCCAUGGCUCUAGCCUUGCAGCAGCUGGGCAUUGCAGAUGUUGCCUUUUCGCCUGGUACGUACACCUCUCACCCAGAGAUGUCUCCUUCCGGCUGUGUGACAAGCUACUGCCAAGCCGCAGCUCGCAUCCUGCGAGCUCUCAGGACGCUCGGGGUGCUCUGUCCGUUGUUAGAAAGAGUUCGAUGCGGCUUGAGAGGGCGUGCUGUUUUUUCAGGAACGACCCGACAGACGUUCACCGUAGAGCUGAGAGCAAGGGCACUGCAGCCUGGCGAUCCAAUCGCUGCCGCGCUGCAAAACGGAGGAUGCCUCUCCAUUUGGUGCGGAGGCAGCGGCACGACUAGCCGCUUUCUGCUGCCUCUGUGCCUCUUUCUCUUACUGGACAGCGCCUUCUGCUGGGCAUGGCGCAAUGCCAGAGCAACCCCCGCGUGUGCAGCAGGGGCGGACGCAUCAGAGGCAUUGGACGAACCGCUAAGUGUGUCGGAAAGGACACCUGCAGUGCCUCCUUCCUUCCGAGUGCUGCUCGACGGAGAUCGUCAGCUCCGGAGCCGUCCUAUAGGCGACUUGGUGGCGGCAGCAAAGCAGCUUGUGCGUGGGUGGAAUGCCUCUUUUUGCGGAGCCUCUCGUGCUCCAGGCAGCACUAAGCAGUCCUUACCCGUCUGCCUCGCGUUUGCCGAGCCGCUGCAGCUCCUGCAGCACGUUCAAGAAGACCUGAUGACUGUAGCAAACAGCGGCGAUGGUGUGGCCUUGCAGCCGUUGGUCGCAGCGUCGCUAGAGGAGGAACGGCGGCUGAAGAGCGCUGUGUGGCAGCGAGUGCUGCAGCGGUACAUGCCGGGGGGGCCUGUGCGUGUGUCAAACGCUAUAAGCAGUCAGUUUGCUUCUGCGCUGCUGAUGGUGGCCCCCCUAGCCGCCUCCCCAGUUUUGCUGUCUCUUACCACAAGAGGCACUCACGCCGACGAGAGCUGCGCUCGGGCAGUCGAAGCCGAGAGCGAUGUCGUGUCUCUGCCUUACUUGAGGAUGACUCAAAGGGUCAUGCAGCAGUCUGGGUUUGCCUGUGAGUACAACCGGCCUGCUGCCUUCCACGUGUCUCCCCUGUGGCACCCGCAAGGACAGAUAUCGGCCGCGCAAGAGAGCGAGCAGAGGGAGCACCUAAGGACCUUCACGGUGGAAGGCGACGCUUCGACUGCCUCUUACUUUUUUGCCUUUGCUGCCGCCUCGGGAGGCACCGUUACGGUGAACAUCAGCAGGAACUCCGACCUUCAGGGGGAUUGCUCUUUUCCCCUGCUUCUGUCCGAUUUAGGCUUUGGAAGUGUGCUGCCGUCGGAGGGCUGUCUGAAGGCGGCUGGAGGCUCAGAUGGUGCAGCCUCCUGCGCGGCGGGUGUCUCGUUCCGCGGAGCUUCAGAGGAGUUUCUCUUUCGGCCGCAAAACACACUGGUCAAUAUGCAGGGAAUGAGCGAUUGCCUUCCUACGCUCGCCGCUCUUGCCGCAGCAGUCUGCACACUGCCGUGCUGUUACAACGGGGGAAGCGCCGAGGGCGUCGCUCCUGAUCACCUGGUGUUGCCUUGCAGUCCGGCGGAGCAGCAGCGGCUGCAGGAGCUGCUGCUGAGAGACCUCGAGGCAGUCAAGACGCAGCUGAACAGCAGCAGCAGCAGCAGCAGCAGCACCACCACCACCACUGAAGGGGGGCCGCCACCCUUCGAUUGCCACUGGACGGCAGCAGCAGAGGGGGACUGGAGAUACUUGUGCAUUUGGGGAGUCGGGUGCGUGCGCUAUAAAGAAAGCAACCGACUCGAAGCCGUAGCCUCGCAGUUACAGCUGGCUGGAUAUGCUGUUUGGUGCGGAGAGGAUCACUUGGCCGUCGCACUCCCCCCCCCAGCUGCUAUACAUCGCCAACAGCACGCGCACCUGCAGCAGCAGCAUCUGCAACACAACAGGCAUCCUUGCGAAAAAAAAAGCGUUUUGUCUCUAAAAGCCUUCGGCGAUCACCGUCUGGCAAUGUCCUGGGCCCUUCUUGGGCUUCGCAGGCCGGACGUCUUUGUUGAAGAAUGGCAAUGCGUCAGCAAGACCUUCUUGGACUUUUGGACAGAGGCAGAAAAUAGCAGCAGCAGCAGCAGUGCUACCCCCACCAAUAGCAGCAGCAACAGUAGCAGUGCUACCACCAACAAUAGCAGCAGCAACAGUAGCAGUGCUACCCCCAACAAUAGCAGCAGCAACAGUAGUGCUACCCCCACCAAUAGCAGCAGCAACAGUAGCAGCAGUGCCACCCCCACCAAUAGCGGCAGCAACAGCAGC